GUUGCUCCUCCCGCUGAGCUUGUGAUAGUCACACACCUGAUCAGGGCUGGCGGCUGCGCAUGCGCGGUGUGAUAGACGGCGGUCGAGGUGCUGUGACGUCUUCCUAGGUUCUCCUCCAUCCGGGUCCCGGGAGCUCAGUUUUUCAGAGAGCUGAAAAAUGUCUGGAUUUCUUGAGACCAUGAGAUGCUCAGAGUGUGUUGACUGGGGAGAAAAGCGAAAUACAAUUGCAUCAGUUGCUGCUGGUGUGCUGUUUUUUACAGGGUGGUGGAUUAUCAUAGAUGCAGCUGUUAAAUAUCCUCGGAUGGAAGACUUCAACCAUUCAUACCAUGCUUGUGGAGUUAUAGCCACUAUUGCAUUCCUAAUGAUCAAUGCAGUAUCCAAUGGACAGGUCCGUGGUGACAGUUACAGUGAAGGCUGUCUUGGGCAAACAGGUGCUCGCAUCUGGCUGUUCAUUGGUUUUAUGAUGGCUUUUGGAUCUCUGAUUGCUUCCAUGUGGAUCCUCUUUGGAGGCUAUGUUGUUAAAGAAAAACCACUAGUGUACCCAGGAAUAGCAGUCUUUUUCCAGAAUGCAUUUAUCUUUUUUGGGGGGCUGGUCUUUAAAUUUGGCCGCACUGAAGACUUGUGGCAGUGAAUAUGUCCACAGAAGUGAAUCAAGCCCUAUGAUUUUUUUACGGCACACACCUGAUUUUUUUUUUUGGCAAUACGAUUUUGUAAAUGCUGGCUCGUAAUUAUUUCUGAGGAUAAAAAGUAAAAUAUAAAAUCAGGAGGCAAUAAAAUUUCCAUUUUCUGUUCUGUUUAACUUUUUUACUGUUCUUAGAUGUUGGUUUUGUGUUCAAGUGUAUUUGACUGAAAUGUAAAACUAAUAGGGAAUGUGUAACCAUGGAAGACACUCUUGUGAUAUGUUUUACAAAUAACUAUAGAAGAAUGAUGGCUGUAUUUAACCAAGCAUCCUGCACUGUAUCUGAGGUCUAAAACUGCAAUUAAAAGUACUUUAAAACUUUUUAUACUUAUUUAUUACAACAUGGUAUUUCCUGUAUCUGAUAAUUGAACAAUAUAAACAUAUCUUGGAUUUCAGAACUGUGUGGCACUAUUUCACAAUGUAUAUUACACUGCCUCGUUUUGUUUUUAUGUGAAAAUAUUGGACCAGUCAUACUGAGACUGUUCAAAAAUUUACAAUAAAAAUAGUUAUUGGUGUGUAAG